AUGAAGCUGGAGUGGAUCGGAGAUGGAUCAAUGGUGAGAAGUGAGAACAGUAAUCGGGGCCCGAACCCGGCGAUCAAGCACGAUCGCACGAGGAAUCGUAAGGUUUGGUUUAAUGGGAUGGUGGCCGGUUAUACAGCUUUUGGCGACAAACGAAAUGACCCGACGAAGUCUGUCGCCUUUGGGAAUGGCGACUGUUUGAACCUAACUGAGUGUAGGAGUGAGGUUCUGGUAAGAGUUUGGGUCAAGAAGAAACACGAGCGUCGGUUCGAUUAG